GAUAACUUGCCAAGAGGCAACUACUUGUGGGUUUUAUGUUAACUUUUUUUAUUUACUCAUGAUGAUGUGAGUCGUUUCUUGUAUAUUCUUAAAGGAUGGCUACGUCUACAAUGUUCUCAAGAUGUCAGACAGUGGAUUAUUGCAACUAUGAGUUUGAUUAUCAGGCAGUUUACUGGUUGAUUAAACACCCCAACUCAUUCCAGUUCUGGGAAGAAGCAAGAAAGAAUGCAUGCCUGGGAAACUUACAUACUGCACGACUUGAAGCAGCAGGAAAGAAACAGUUUGAUUUGGAGAAAAAGAACAGGAAAUCAUGGAAAGGCUCAUUGUUUUCCUGGUUGGAGACAGACAAGAAACAUAAAUCGACCAAGCAACCAACGAAGGGAUCCACCGUUCCUAAGCCAAGGCGUCAACAUUUUCCGGGUCCAGUCCAGGGCCAGGGAGCUGUAGGUGGCAUUAUGACUGCCAGAGCCCAGAGGGCAGCAUCUGGCCCCCUAAUCAGUCUCUUCAGUUCAACAAAGAGGGCAGACGAGUAUGAGGUGCCCUAUAUGUGUCUUGGCCAGCAGCUUAAUAGUCCUCAGAAGUUUCAUUCUUAUGGGCCUGUUUACUUGGUAAAGUAGCAGCAAAUCAAAAGUAAACCUCUUUAGUGUCUUGUUUACGGAGUUUUAUGCUAAUCAAUAGCACGAUUAAUGAAUGUCGGUCGGAUAAGUGUGAAUCCUUGUUUUGGUGGGACAAGGCAGCUGCUAGAUAUUGUCUGUCCAUCUGUGUAAAACUACAUAUGAUUUGCUUGAAGUUGGCUAAACAUGGCAGUCGAGACUGAUUGAUGCACUUUAAUGAACAAGAAAAUUGUUCCAUGUAUAAGGACUGAAUUAUUUCGACAUAAUGCUUGGAUAUUUCCAGCUUCCUGAAUGAGAAAUGAGAGAGGAAAUAGAGCGUCUGCAUGAGCUCAAGUCUCAAUCAGAUGAUUUUUCUCAUAAAUUCCACCAUAAGUACACUAUGUCUCCUGAGAAUCAAAUCAAGCACAAAAAGAAAGAAAAAAACCACAUUGGAUUAUCCAAAACAGCCAAAGAACCAUACGUCAAUAACUCUAGAGAAAGAUACGGCUUCUCAUUGUCACAGUUCUGCAACACAUAAUAGCUACUGUGUGGACGAAUUCGCUGAAUCUUUCUUGUCUAACACUCUUCUGUGAGAGAAGAUGGUAACAUUCACUUCCACAAACAGAGAAGCAAAACCUAUAUUUAUACACGAAACAGCAUAUUCAAUUUCCAUGCUGUAUGAAACAGGUUUUCUAAACAAGAACCAAUUUUUCUGUCUAAAACAGGACUCAAAAGAUACAGGUAGCACGCGGCUACCUUUCAUCUUAAUCAAGAAUUAAAGAACCUUGAACAAAUAAACACGAUUAACGGACAUUUUAAUCAUCUUCAGGUCUACCAAUAAGUGGACGUUCAGUUCCACUCUGAAUGCAGCCAAAUCUUAUGUGAACUGGAAGAGUUCAUCAAAGCCAAAUGGCCAAACUGACAAAAAACCAUUAAUUCUGAUGACCUGCAACUUGCACGUCAAUCCCUUGGAUCCAACCAACGAACAAAAUUAGCAUUCCUUCCAUCAAUGCAUAGAAAGAAGGAAUCAACUUUGGCCUCUACCUCCUUGUUCAAGAUCCAAAUUUCUUGGGCUUGAAGGAUUAACUCUU